CAGAUGCAAAGAGCAAAGCCAAAAUCACAACAAAGAUAAUCAAGAACGAAAGUUUUACUUUAAAAAUCAAGAAGUGUCGGCUCUAAUCUGACAGCCACGGCAAGAAAACGGUUUGGAGGGUAUAAAAAUGUGACAAAUGGAUAAAACUUCUUCGAUCGUGUUCAUCUUCAGAAAUAGUAAUAUCUACAAAUAGCACACGAUUAGUGAAGUAACAGGUGGUUGACAGAAGAAAACAAACUUCUUGAGACUCAAACUGUCAUCCAAUAUCAUAAUCUGGCUUCUGAAGAAACUAUUGAUCGUGAGAAGGCUGAAGAUAUGGCUGAUGACAACACGCAAAGCAUGACUUCAGCUGAUGGGAAGGGGUCUCUGCCAGGAAAAGCCCCAGAACAAGUAUUUUCAGUUUCGAGCACCACUCAGAAAUAUGAUGUUAAAUUGUCAACUGACCUAAUCAAUAGGAUGGUGGAUGAUUUGCUGUGCAAUAUGUCCAUUGCGACUGUGAAGGGAAAUGAGACUGUGCGUGAUAAACUGGAGUGCCAGAUUAAAGAGAGCCUGGACCUGGAAGACCCAGAGUCUGAUUUGAACAAAUUAUUGGAAGAUCUUACUGAAAAAGCAAUCAAACUGGAGAAAAAUGUGGAGUGCACAGGAAUGACUCUAGUCGAGUUUCGAGACAAGCAAGCAGAAAACAUUUUACAGGAUGCUCAAGUUAUCGAUCCGCUCAAGGUUAAAUAUAUAUUUGGACAGUUUAUGAACAUCGAAAAAGAUGCUGGGAAAAAGAUGGAAGAGGCUGUGACCGAAUUGGUUGCAAAUUCCGCUGUGCACAGAGGCUUCCAUCCAACACAGGAAUUUUAAUGAAUAACUUUUAUGGCUGUUACUUAAAGUGAAAUCAGUGGAACUCUGUAUAAAAUUAAAAAAUUAUAUUUUUCAA